AUGCAGUACAAGACGGUCGCUCUCCUUGCCUUGGCCUCCUCGGCCAUGGCCUCGCCCCAGGUCAGCAAGAGGGAGGUCAGCAAGAGGCAGGACAGCACCGGUUCUGUGGACGUGGACUCCAUCGUGUCCGUCCUCUACACCGCCCUGCCGAGCUCGCUCCUCGCGGUUGCCAUUACCAACCAGGCGGCUGCCUCCUCCAUCAUUGCCUCUGAGGUUGCUGCCGGCAGUGCUGAGUCCUGGAUCUCUGCGCUCCCCAGCGACGUCCAAGGCUAUCUUUCUGCUGCUGCGACUGCCGCCGCAACCGCGACCGCUGCUCCCACUGCCGCUGCUACCGGCAACGCUACUGCCUCCUCUAUCUCCUCCGUUGUCUCCAGCGUCAUUGCCAGCAACUCCUCGGCCAACGCUACUGCCACUCGCUCAUCUUCCCGCUCUUCCUCGACUUCGGACUCGACCACCACCUCGGACAGCUCCUCCGAGACCUCCAGCGGCAGCAGCGGUGCCUCGUCCUCUUCCACUGGUGGCGCCGCUCUCCCUACCGCAGUUGGCGCUGGUCUAGCUGGCGUCGUUGGUAUGAUCGGCAUGCUGGCUCUCUGA